AUGCAGAGUCUGGCCUUACCUCGUCCGACCUCGCUCUUUUCCACGCCAUUGUUCGGGCGAGCUGCAGAGCCUCAAGACGGCCUGGCAAGAUAUCGUCCCAAGUUCAGUCCUAGCAGGCCUGAACAGCAGAGUUAUCCAUCACCUCCCAUGUCAGAACCCCAUUCCCCUCCUCGCCGUCUAGCCCAGACUAUCGAAUCCGGACACCUUUCCUACCCUCCAGCAGUUAGUGUACCCCAAAGAUCCGACGCAGGUCUUCCACUACCACCGCCUUCGUCAUCACUGUUCGAUCCCCGGUCAGCAUUGCCAGUCCAAAGUAAUCUCCAGCAGCGGCCGCUAUAUCCUGGCGAGCCCCAACAUAGAGUACAACCACUUCACUAUCAGCAUGGGCGUGUAGUCGAACAUGCUUCGUACGGUAGUGUUCCACCUCCGCAGAAUUACGGAUAUGGAUAUCCAAAUGCCGGCGUGUCCCAUUACGCUGGAGGUCGACACGUAGGUCCAAUAGGGCAACAAGGUGGGAUGAUGGCACCACCACUACCCGGGAGGCCCAUCAGGCCAGCAAGGAGAACCAAAGCGCAUGUGGCGUCAGCUUGCGUCAACUGCAAAAAAGCGCAUCUCAGCUGUGAUGUCCAACGUCCAUGUGGCCGUUGCGUCGCCUCUGGAAAACAGGACACAUGUAAAGACGUACAGCACAAGAAGAGAGGAAGGCCUCGACUGCGAGACGAUAGAGAGUUUCUGAGACCGGAGGAAGGAGGAAGACCACCUAGCCAGGUUUCAGGCGCAUUACCUGCAUCAGAAGCGCUCGCUCACCAGGCUCCCUUUCCAGCUUCGCAUCCGCAUCCCCCGUCCGACGCAUCUCGAGUCAUGGAAAGCAACAUUGCUCAAAUGAACCAGUCUUCCAACGGAGGUCAACCUAGUAGUCUCGGCAACUAUGGUAGGAUGUCGACUUCUCCGUAUACUGCAGGGCCGAAUUUGGCGGAUCAAAUAUUGCCUGUCGCAUAUCUAGACUUGGAUCUGGUAAUCCAAAGGUCAAAUCGGGCGUUCCAGGAUCUGGUUGCCUUUCUGGGAGACAUUAAGGGUAAACAGCUGGGAGACCUUCUCGAAACCCGCCAGAACGAGAGCCUGCAACGCCUGCGUAAUGAGCUACGCGAAGAGCGAGACGAACGCGAACCGACAUACAUGCCCCCUAUUACGCCAGUCGGGCAGGAUCCGAUGCGCGCGGUGAUGGACUGUGUAGUAGAUCAGGAUAUCGACCACAUGAGCCAAGCCUUCACAGACAGACCCAUGUUUUUGAGCUUUCGUCUUCCUAGUGGACAGUAUCAAUCUCUCCAGGUCCAGAUCCGACUGGCAAAGACGUCACUCUACUUUGUCACCUUGGUCGUGCGAUCACCACCAAGGCUCACCGGCCCUACUAUUCUGACACAACAGCUUGCUCCUCCCACGCCUAGACGAACGUCGCAGACGAUGUCCGCGCCAGUCAUGGCGCCAACAUCGCAAUUCACACCACAUCAAGCUCGACGUCCAUCGUCGACGAGUUCGGCACCGAGCUCACCGUAUUUCAAUUUCGCGUCUGUUCGCACCUCGCUUCCGACGUUCAGUCCCAACUCUUACAGUAGCAGUUCGUCGUAUGGCUACUCUCCGACUGCAGGUGCAGAGUCAGCUUACUUUCCGACAAUUCAACCUCACUCACAGCCCGCAGCGUAUUCUUCUCAAUACGCGUCAGCUCCUCGCAACCCGUCUGCUACCUCUGAGUCGGUGGGGGAGCUAAAUCGUCCAGAGCGCCUUGAAGGUCUACAUCUCCCGCCAAUUCGAAUAGGACCAGCUCCUCUGGGUUCUCCCGUAUUCCUCGAAUCUGGCGGCCAAAGCACUAUGCAGCGUGAGCACGAACGUGUGCGACAACUCGAGUCGCCGUCAAGCGCCGAACAGCGAAGACCCGAGACGCCUGAAACUGGCAAACGCCGUCGAUUGAAUAUACAUGAAGUGCUGGAGUAA